UUUCAUUUUUAAUACUUUCUUAAAAAAUUGCAGAAUUUUUGAUUGAAAAGAAAACAAAAAUAUUUAUUGAAAAUUUUGAAAACUAUUUCGAUUGUUUUCGAUUCGAUUCGAACACACACAUUUGGUCAGGUGGAAAUAGGAACAAAAAAAAAUAACGGGUCAUAAUUUUUGUUAUUCGAACAAAAAAGGCGACACGUUAAGAAUUAAAAUUCUUGUCAAAAACCAUAAUGAAUAAUAAUAAUAAUAUUCCCGAAGAAAUAUCCGUUAAUCCGGUACCAUAUAUAUCGUUGAUUGGAUUAGAUGCCGCGAAUAAUUCAAUACAUUCAUUAAUAUGGAAUAGUUUUGCUAUUAAUCGUACAGCUGAUCGACCAGUUUUAUAUUAUAAAUUAUUAAAUAAUGAUCAUCAAUUUCCAUCAUCUAAACAUCGGCGAUCAUAUGAUCGUUAUAUACCUACCGGUAUAAUCAAAACUAAAUGGUUGAAUAAACAUUUGUUUGAAAUACCAUCAUUGGUAGCUGUGUUUGCAUUGUUACCCGAUUGGCAACAAUUCGAUCGUCAUCGAUUAAUUGAUCAAAUAAAUUCAUUAAAAUUAACAUUAACAAAUCGUCAGGUAAAAAUUGCUGUAAUUUUAUUACAAAGUGAACCAGUACCAAUUACUUGUCAUCAAGAUCCUGAUGCUAAUCAAUAUAAAGAUCAAGCAGCACGUCUUUGUGAAGAAUGUGAUAUUAAUCCAAAAUCAUUAUUCAUCAUACCGAUUCAAGAUGAACAAUCAAUACCAGCAUAUGUAAUUCGUAUUGAAUUAGCAUUGAAUGAUUUGGUUAAACAACAUUUUUCUGUUAAAGUUAAACAGAUUAAAUCAUAUCGUGAUCAGCUAAAUAAAGCAACACAAAAUUACCUGUUUGUACGACAUGAAUUUAAACUUGGAUUUUAUCAUGAAAUUCGUCAAAUUUAUAAUCAAGCAUUAGUACAUUAUAAAAAUGCAUAUGCAUCAUUAAUGGAAAUACGUUUAACAUCGAAAAAUUUAUUCGAAAUCAAAAAUGUAGCAACAAUUUUAAAUUAUAAAAUUAUACGUUUAUCAUUCUAUAUAAACAUUCCAUUGGAUGCUAUUUCAUAUUUUCGUAAACAUAUCGAUAUAUUUCAGAAUCGUUUUGCCGAUGAUGAACGUUUACAAUUUGAACAUUAUGCAUGGCUUGCUAAUCAAUUUUUCCUGUUUGGUGAAUUAUUCGAUAUGUCAAUAUCAAUGUUACAUUUAUCACCAUCAUCAUCACAGAAUCCAGGUGUUUAUUAUUUUGAAUCAGCAAUGUAUAUGAUAAAACGUCGUGAAUCAAGUAAAAAAUUCAAAUUAUCAUUAGCAUUAAAUACGGAUGAAAUUGUCUAUGCUGAACGUUUAUUACAACAAAAUCAAUCCGAAUUUAUUGGUCAAUUAAAUUGGUAUCAACCAGAUGAAUCGAAUGAUAUUUAUGUAAAAAUUUUUUAUUAUAUUGAACAGAAAAUUGAUCUAGCACCAUUAUUGAUAAAACUUUAUAUUAAUGUAUUGAAUCAGAUCAAAAAAUUUAAAAAACCACGUUUUAUGCGUUUUGUUAUGUAUCUAAUUGGUAUGGAAUAUUUUCAACAAGCUAAUUAUAAUGAUGCAUUAGAUUAUUUUGGUAAUAUUUUGGGUUAUUAUCGUGAAGAACGUUGGAAACCGAUUCAUAAACGUUUAGCAAAAUUUGCACUAUGUUCAGCUUAUUUAUCAAUGGAUUUUGUUAAUGUUUGUAAAUGUACAAUCGAAUAUAUAUCGAAUGAUAUUGUUGAUUUAAAACGUAAAAGUUUACUACUGAAAUCAUUAUUAAGUUUUUUACGAUUAGAAUUUCAACAAUAUCAUUUGGAUGAUGAAGAUUUUGAAAAAAUUAUUGAUCAAAAAACUUUAUUCAAAGCUGAAUCAGAAUGGCCAUUAAAAUUGGCUGAAAUCGAUCGAAAUGGUUUGCCACAAUCAAAUAGUAAUAAUGAAAUUUUAAUCAAUUCAGAUCAUGAAAUAAAUUUUCUUAAAUGUAAAGUUAAAUUUGAUCAUCAACAAUAUACAAUUGAAGAUGAUAUCAAUAUUAUGGUUCAGAUAAAAUUUGAAAUACCUGAUUUUGAUAAACAAUGUCAAUUAUUAUCACAACAACAGCAACCGAUAAUUUAUCCAAAUUCAUUAAAUUUAUUUAAAUUUCGUUUACAAUUACUGCCAUCAGAUCGACAAUAUUCACGUAUUAAAAUCAGUGAAAUAGCAUUCAUAUUGAAAUCAAAAAUUUCCAUACGUUUUCAAUGGCUUUAUAAUAUAUCGAUUUCAACAACAAUAUCACCAAUCAUAUCGAUAACAAAUGAUUCAAUUCGUUUUAAUAAAAUUGAUCAACAAAUUGAAGCAACAAUAUUAGAAUUAGAAUCACGUUUAAAAUUAAUUGAUAUUGAAAUGAAACAAUAUUUAUUUCGUAAUGAAAAUGCAUCGAUUCGGUUACGAUUACAAUCACAGGAACAUCAUGUUAUUAGUAAUUUAAAAUUACGACCAAAAAUUAUAACACAACAGCAGCAGCAGCAACAAGUGGCUAUAGCUGCUACCGAAACCAAUAUUGAUACCAACAUUGUUGCAACGACAACGACGACAACCGAUUCGAAUGAUAAAUGGUUCAUUCGAAAAAAUGAUGAUAUCGAACCAAUUCCAUUUGAUUCGGAUAUUUUAAUAGCCGAACAAAUUGAACCUUGUCGCAAUAAUGGUGAUGAUGAAAUUAUCAUAAAUCUUAUAUUUUGUCCACAAGAUCUUGGAACAAAAUUAUUAUCAUUUGAAUUUAAUUAUGAUUUAAUAAUCAAAAGAAAUAAUAAUAAUAAUGAAAUUGAUCAACAAUCAACAAUUUCGAUAACGAAAAAUUUUCAAAAAUCUAUCAAUGUUAUUGAACCAUUUCAAUUUGUAGCUAAAAUUACUAAUUUUGCUAAUCCCGAUACAUCCAUCAUACGAUUUGAUGAACCAUUUAGAUUGAAUUGUUAUUUACGUUUACCUAAGAAUAAUGAUGAUAAUGAUGAACAACAACAAGAUGGCUAUUAUAACAUUGGCGAUGAUUCAAUUGAAAUUGAUUCAAUUAGUUCAAAUUUCAGUGAAAAUUUUCAAAUAAAUUCACAAGAAAUGAUGAAAUUACCAAUGUUAUUAACAAAAGAUUUAACAACAUCUAUCGAUUCAUAUAUAAUGACCUGUAUUAAAUCCGAACAACAACAGCAACAACCGCAUUCAUUAGGAUCAUGGUCAAUACGAUGGCAUCGAAAAUCUCAAUCUGUUGAUGCUGCUGCUGCUUCUGCUACGACUACCAUCAAUCCAAUAUUAUCGGAAACAAUAUUUCAAUUACCAUCAAUAACAAUUAUACCGGCUAUAAUUUAUAUUGAAUUAUUUUUACCGGAUAAAUUAUAUGCACGUAAUCCAUUUAUGGCUAAAUAUCGAAUUACUAGUCGUUUAGAUGUUGAUGUUAAUCUUGAAUUACAUAUUGGUCAGGCAGAAUAUUUUAUGAUUGCCGGAAAUCGACAAGUAAGUAACAUAAAAAAAUCGAUUAAUCGUAAUCAAUAA